UCAAUAUUUUGCUGUUGUUUUUAAAUGCACUGUUACAAAUGGGGAAACUGAGAUAAAGUAGCUUGCCCAGGUCGCCACACAGAGGGUGGUGCUGGGGUUGGUUUGUGCAGUCUCAGGGCAUGGUCCAUCGCUGUCCAAAUACUAGGAUGGAGGCAGCUUGACUGCCGUCUUAGCUGGGUCCAACCCUCUCUGGAUGUGGGUUGAUGCAGAGUGAGUCUGAGUCUGAGUCUCUGAGCAGCUGGCAGCCAGCUUUGCCCAAUGACAUUCUCUGGGUGGUUGCACAUGCUUGCACACUCUCCAAAUAUAAGCCCGUGCCCUCCAUAAGCAGAAGCCACAAGGCAGGCCUUGAGAUGGAAGCCAGGCUGCUGAGCACCGUCUGGGGACUCUUCCUGGUGUACGGGCUGCAGGCGGAGUCUACGAGGGUGGACCUAGUACCAGAGAAGAUUGCAGGAUUCUGGAAGGAAGUGGCUGUGACUUCGGACCAGAACCUGGUGUUGAAGGCUCAAAAGAGGGUAGAGGGUUUGUUCCUCACCUUCAGUGGGAGGAACAUCACCGUGAAGGCUGUGUAUAACAGCUCAGGAAGCUGUGUGACAGAAACAUCUGUGGGUUCAGAAAGAAACAUUGUGGGGGAAUUUGCUUUUCCUGGCCAGAGGAAGAUCUACGUGCUGGACACGGACUAUGAGCACUACGCCAUCCUGAAGUUGUCUCUGCUCUGGCAAGGCAGAAACUUCCAUGUGCUCAAGUAUUUCACUCGGAGUCUUGAGACUGAGGAUGAGCCAGGCUUCUGGAGGUUUUGGGAAAUGACAGCAGACCGAGGCCUUUACAUGCUGGCCCGACAUGGGAGGUGUGCUGAGCUCUUGAAAGAGGGACUGGUCUGA